AUGCACUCAACUAUAGUCCGCGCGCAGAAUGUCUUUGGUUUCUUCACAACAGUCGCAUUUAUAAUAGCCGCUUUAAUCGCAGGUUCUGACCUCAUUGCGCCCCGGACGCCUAGCGCGAGUGUAUUGGUUAAGGAUGUGCAAGUAGUCCGAGGCCGUCCCCAUUACUACUCCUCCAAAAAAGAAGAAUACGCUCACAUCCGCUUCUCCCUCUCGGCGGACUUUUCGUCCCUCUUCACAUGGAACACGAAGCAGAUCUUUGUCUACGUGUCUGCGGCAUGGCCUAAUAGCACGUCGUCCGAAUUGGUCAAUGAGGCGGUGAUUUGGGAUACGAUUAUUACGAGCCCGAGCGCCGAUCACUUACUAACUCUUGGGCCGGCGGCUAUGAAGAAGUUGCUCAAGAGUAGCCAGGGAAAGUCAAUUGAUCCUUCUAGAGGUAAAAUCGAACUCAAAAACCAGAAACCGAAAUACCAAAUCACUUCCCCGACAGGCAAACUGGCAGAGACGGAUGGUGUCGUGCUGAAGGUACAUUAUAAUGUUCAGCCGUGGGUAGGUGUUUUGACCUGGACACCACAAAUGGAGUUUGGAAAGUGGGAGAAGCUGAAGGGAGGCGAGAGUAAAGCUUUCCAGUUACCAGCUUUGAAGCCGAAGAAAUCGAAUAGUGCAAACAAGUCAUAG